AUGACGGUGAAAUAUGAUUAAAAACAGAAUUUUAUUACUUUGGAUAUUGUCAACUAACAUGCUUAAAAAAUAUUUUAAGUUAAUACAAACGAUUCUUUCAAAAUAUUCUCAAGAGCAGUUAAAGUCUAUCCUUCAGUCAAAAUGUCAGAAAGAGAUGAGAUACCUUGUUCGUUGGAGAACAAAAUUAUUGAAUACAUAAAAGCAUUUAUUGAAUUCCACAAAAAAGAUAAAAUGCAAAAAGGAUAAAAAAGUAACAGCAAAACUAAUAAUAUAAGACCAAAAAACUAAAGUUUAACUUCAGGCGAACCAAGUAAGCUAAAGUAAAAUGCUAUUUUACUGUAUUCUACAUACUAAAGAAACGAGUCAGAAGAACCCUAAAAGUAUAAAAUAAAGCUAUCUACUUAUUUCAAUUAAAAUUGUUAUCAUUGUUGCAUUGAGCUAGAAGAAGAAAAAGAUUAAUAAAAAAUCAGAAAUCUAUAAAUAGCAAAGAAUCAUAUAGAGCAGAAGUUUUACAUAAUGUGCUUAAAAAUGGGGGAAAAACUUUCAAAAAUAGAAUAAAAUAUUUCAAAUAAACGAUUGAUUCUUUCAAACAUCAGAUUGGCUCAGCUUCAGCUACAAAAUAUUCAUGACCAUGCUAGAUUAAAAAAAAAAAUGCUAAAUAAUGAAAAUCCUUAAAGUUUUAAUGACAUUACCAUAGGAGAAAUAGUAUAACAUAUUUAAGAAUCAUUUCACUAAGCUGUUGAAUAAAACAUGAUAAAGUUUAUUUUUGAAAACUGCAAUAAAAAUACUGUUUUGCACACUUUAAACACUAGAUUUUAGUAAAUACUUCACAAUUUUAUUGAAAACUCUAUAAGAGCUAUAUAGAUAUCGCAAAUAGAAUAGAAGACAAAAAAUUAAGAUAUCAGCAGAAGAGUAAGCACAAUAUAAAAUGCUUUCAAAUUUUAGAAACAAAAACUGUAGAUAAACCCAAAAUAAUAAAAUACAAGUACAUCUCCUAUCGAAUAAGAAGAAUAAACAGGAAUGUCUCCUCUACUUUCAUUUAGAGAUAGAGAAAGAGCUAGGAAACUUACUUUUAAUAACAAUAACUAAUAUUACAACUCACUACUUAAUAAAUCAUAAAAAAGUAAUACUAAUUUAAGUGCAAAUUUAUUACCGACUCCACAAUUAUUUUAGUUAGAUAGUAGUAAAACUGAUAUCUAGUAAAAGGAUCCUACACCUAUAAAAGAUUAAUUUUAAGAUGGCUAAUUUAACAAGCUAAAUAUUAACUUACAAAAAGAUACAAAUGAAUUUUAGUUAAGCACUUCAACAAUCAUUUAAAAAUAAAAAAUCAAUAUUAAGUUUUAGCUCCUCGAAGGGUCAAACAAUAUGUCUAACAUUUUGAAAAUAUCAAUCUAAGACAAUGGGUUAAUUUUACAGUAAUCCAAAUUGCUUACUAUUUUAAAAGAAAUAGGAGAUGCUGAAAAAGACGAAAAUUACUAAUAAUUUAAAUUUUUAGGGUGGAAAGUUAACUAAGGUCUUAUAGGAAGGAUAGGUCCAUAUCAUGAUUUCUUUGCCUAAGCUUGUAUGCCAAAGGGGAUAGAAGUUCACUUUUAUAUAUACCAAAACUUAAAAAUAACGAUUGAAGAAAACAAAGAUAUUCCUUUUGAUAACUUAAAAUUUGUUUAGCAAUUAAAUAUCUCUAAAUCGAAUUUCUAUUCAACAUUUUCGAAGUAACUCUUAAAUAAUAUUGAAGACAUUAACAUAGAAGAAGAUAUGAGAGAUUAAAAUUAACCAAAAUUAAGACCAAAGCAAGUUUCUUAAUUCUAAAAUAAUUAAAAUGAAGAAAAUACUAUUAUUUAAUCUUCUUAAAUUGAUGAAAAAUUUAAUGACUCUGAAAUUUUAAAAAGCUCUACUUAAAUAGUUUUAGAUUCAAGUGCAGCAAAUAAAAUUUACUCUGACCUUCAUUACAAAGUAUCUUUGUUGAAAAUGAAUACUAUAAAAAAAAGUGUUAGUAUCUAUAAUACCAUCAACCAAACCAAAACCUGCCUUUUCAGAUAGACUUCCGAUAAUUAGUAAAACAGGCAUAACUUUAAUAAAAAUGAUCUUAUUACUAGUAAUACAAAUACAAAUCUAAAUCAUUUGUAAAGUAAUUUGACUGGAGAUGAAACCACAAGACCAAUUUUUUAAAACAACGAAUCAGAUAAUAGCACUUUGAUUAAUUGA